AUGCCGAGCGGGACGCCAGCCCAUCAUCGCCACGCGACUCCGAAGCCCACCGUGGCAGAGCGGCCGCAUGGGCAUAAGGAGGCUCCCCCGCAGGUGAUACCUAUGACCAAUGUUAUGCCAGGGAACAGUCCCUUCGUCACAGCGUGGGUUGAGUUUUCCCCCGACGAACUCGCGGACUAUUACUGCACCGGGCUACCAACAGACCUCCAUCUUCUAAUAACCAACAACGGACAAGUGAAAUAUCAGUCGCGGGAACAAGCGGCGACCGCCGCAACACGGCUCUACGAGCCCAAGCAGAGUGUGCUGGAACUCCGAGAAAGGACCAGUCGAGCCAUUAGGGCUGCCGUCCAAGCUAAUGGACCUCGUGGGCACCACGAAAUUGAAAAUCGCCCUGGGGGAACCCACGCGAACUGCUUUGAGUGUCAGGGUCGCGGACAUCCGUGGGGAAACCAACUCCUCCGCACUGCGCAAAGAACUAAUACGAGCGAUGGGCACGCGGAAGGGACUCAGCCGCUUUCGGAAACGCGGCGGGAGUCUGGGUCAGCGUCGAUCCUGAGUGAAGAGAUUCCGGACGCGACGACGGCUACCAGCAGGAAGUCUGCAGAGGCAACGGAAGACGGCGAUAGGUCAGACGCGACAGAGAUUGUGCCCCACUGGUGGAGGGAGACUUGCACAAAAGAGUCUUACGACCAAGGGGGAGCGUUGUGUUGUGUGGGUGCGACGGCGGUACUUCGCGUUGAGCUCGCAGGGAGUCCUUGGGACCUUCUAGUGGGAACCAUUCCCUAUGACUUAGUCUUGGGUUUGGAUUGGCUGACGGAACACAAGGUGGCCUGGUAUUUUCAGUCUGACAAACUCCGAACCUAUGUGAAUGGCCAGUGGUGCGAGUUACCGGGCGUUCGGACUGGUGAAGCAACGCUGCAAGGUGGCAGCCCCACCGUAGUCCACCCAAGGACCCCAGCAGAGCAAGCAUAUGAAAUUUUGGCCAAACAAGUGGCGGGUAUGUCAGCCGAGAAGGCAGCUGUAUUCCUACGCCCGCCUCCAAGGAGGUAUAAGUCCCACGCGAAGACUAAGGCGAAGGCGCGGAUAACGUCGCUCGUUCGUCAGGCGGUGGCUGAUACAAAGGAUCUCAGGGCUCCAUUGCACGGCUUGCAUCUCAUACUGGCUUUGCCCGAAGCCGGUUCGGCAGUGCCCCUGAGGCUCUUGGAUGAAUGGCAAGAGGCGCAGGAUAUUCCAUGUGAGGUUGCCCAGGUGUUGCACGAAUAUCGAGCGGUUUUUCCCGAUACCUUACCUAAGGGAUUACCGCCGAAGCGCCCUCAUGAUCACCAUAUUCUACUUGUGCCUGGAAAGCAUACAGCGAAAUCUGCAAUAUACCAUAUGACCCCAGAUCAGCUCACAUUCCACAAACAGGAGAUAGCUAAAUUAUCCGACAAUGGUUGGAUCGGACCGACCUAUUCGCCUAUUUGCUCUCCUACGAACAUGGUAGACAAACGUGAUGAUGUCUCCGGGGAGCGGAAGAUGCGUAAGGUUGUCAAUUACCAGGCUCUAAAUGCCCUUACGAUAGCCCCUGAUUUUCCACUACCUCCCAUUCAAAACAUUCUGGAGCUGCUGGGAGGCGCCAAGUAUUUUUCCACCUCGGAUCUUGAAGCAGGAUUCCAUCAAAUACGUAUGGCUAAGGAGGACCGGUGGAAGACGGCUUUCCGGUCCGUUCUCGGACUAUUCGAGUGCUGCGUGAUGCCCUUCGGCCUUAACGAAGAUAAAAUCGCAGCCAUCCGACAUUGGCCAGAGGUGCUGGAGAGCGAAACGCAAGUGCGCCAGUUCCUCGGUACCAUCAAUUACUGUCGCAUGUUCAUGGGACCGAACUAUGCAGACGUUGCCCGGCCGCUGGUUGAUCUUACGCCCCGGUGGCUAGACUUUCUUGCGGAUUUCCCGGAUUUGCACAUCACGUAUGUUCAAGACGCGCGCAAUCAAGUUGCCGACGGCUUGUGUCGCCGUCCCGACCUUCCUGACACCUGCUCGCACGACACACCAUCGGUACCACUGAUGCUCGCAAUAGGACAAGCGAGCGAGGCUCCCCACCCUUGUGCCCGGCCUCCCAACUACAGGGAGCUCGCCGGAAUUCGUUCGCGACGGCCUAGACGACGCAGCAUGCCGUCUGCGCCUUCACCUGCGCCGCCGGAACCCAACCCAGAGGCGGAACAUCCUACAGUCACAACGAAGCCACCAGCUGACCCUCCUGAUCCAGCCAUCGAGGCCAGAAGAAGACCUUUGCGGCUCUCAGCAGGCACUACUACUGGCCAGGAAUGCUACUACACUACUGCUUAUUUUGAGUCAUGUACCCCCUGUCGAGCAUCAAAAUCUCUUAACCAGAAGCCUGCAGGCCUUCUUCAACAGUUGCUCAUCGCUUCUCGUCGAUGGGCGCACGUGAGUCUCGACUUUAUCACAGAUCUUCCCCUUACAACGACAGGGCACGACUCGAUUCUUGUCAUGGUCGACUCCCUCAGCAAGAUGGCUCAUUUCGUUCCUGCAAAGAAGUCAUUCGCAGCAGCAGACACCGUGGAGCAUCUCGCAGACCGCCUUAUCCGCUAUCACGGUUUUCCAGAGGUGCUUAUAUCGGAUCGCGACCUCCGUUUCCAGUCGAAUCUUUGGAACCAACUCUGUCGCCGCUUUAACAUCAAACGGUGCAUCUCCUCGUCCUACCAUCCCCAAAGCGACGGCCAAACUGAACGGGUUAACCGCACACUGGAGCAGAUGCUUCGUACCUAUAUCAAAUCUGACGAACGCGAGUGGGAGCGUUUGCUUCCGGCCUUGGAACUUGUCUAUAACACAACAAGUCAUUCAUCCACUGAGCUCUUUCCUUUCGAGGUCAUGAUUGGAGAGAACCCGUUGACUGCUCCGGACCUUGAUAUCGUACGCGCGUUAGCUCCUACGCUCACUCCUCCGAUGACUAAGCUUUUCCGGCAGCACUGCGACAGAGCACAGAGUCACAUCCUGAAGGCAAAAUGGCAGCAGAAGUACUACGCAGACACAAAGCGCCGAGCAGUGGAGUAUGCGGUGGGAGGCAAGGUCUGGCUCAGCAGCAAGCACCUACCGCCUUUCAACAGCUGCCCUAUGUUCGAGCCCCGUUACCGCGGACCCUUCGAAGUCAUCGAACGCAUAGGAACUGUCGCUUACCGUCUCGGUCUGCCUUCCACUCAUGAAUGCCAUAACGUUUUUCACGUCUCGCAGCCAGUUCCCCACCGCCCCCGCCCUCCCGCUUUGGUUCCCUCGGCAGCCGACGCCGCCUGGCCUCCUAUCCACGAUGCAGCAGGCAAUCCCACAGAGAAAUAUGAAGUCGACUAUAUUAUGGACCAAAGCGGCUCGGCAGAUGCAGCCCAGUACCUCAUGAAGUGGCGCGGGACCCCUGAAGAUCAAGCCACAUGGGAGCCAGCUCACCACCUUACAGGCUGCCCGGCUUUGCUUCGCGCUUGGCGCCUCCAUCAACGAAGACGUCUUUAG